CUCCGACAGGGAUAUAUCAUUGUCAGCUACUAUUUCCCAGAGGCUUUUUACACACCAUAUCAAGAGAGCUGUGAGGAGAGAGAGAACCUCUCCCUUCACCCUGAGAGUCUGUCUGUCUGUCUGCAGAGCAUCUUUCAUGCGUCUCCUUGUGUCUCAGUCUCACAUCAACAUGAACUGUGAACAGGACUUUGGGGAGGGGGGCAUGAACGUCACCCUUACGCUACGGCUCCUCAUGCACGGAAAGGAAGUUGGCAGCAUCAUCGGAAAGAAAGGAGAGACAGUGAAGAAAAUACGAGAAGAGAGCAGCGCCCGUAUCAACAUCUCAGAGGGCUCGUGUCCAGAGAGGAUCAUCACUAUUACAGGACCUACAGACUGUGUCUUCAGAGCCUUCACUAUGAUCACUCUCAAACUGGAAGAGGACCUCACAACUCUGGUAGCCAAUGGCACGGUCACCAGCAAGCCCCCUGUCACCCUAAGAUUGGUCAUUCCUGCCAGCCAAUGCGGUUCUCUCAUCGGGAAGGGCGGCUCCAAGAUCAAGGAGAUCAGAGAGACCACGGGGGCACAAGUACAGGUAGCAGGAGACCUCCUUCCCAACUCCACUGAGAGAGGAGUGACGAUAUCCGGGACCCAAGACGCCAUCAUCCAGUGUGUCAAGCUCAUCUGCACUGUCAUUCUGGAGUCACCUCCGAAGGGGGCCACUGUUCCAUAUCGACCCAGCCCCUCCCCUGGAACAGUCAUGAUCUCCGGGAACCAGGUGUUCGAGGCGUCUGAGUACGGGUCACACCCCCUCUUCCAAUUGGCCCAGGGAGGGAUGGAUCUACAACAAACGUACGCUGUACAGAACCAAUAUGGCAUUCCACAUUCAGAGUUGGCCAAGCUUCACCAGUUGUCUAUGCAGCAGCAAGGCCUGGCCGCCCAGAUGAACCAACAGCAGACCAACUCUGUCAUACCUGGAAUGGACUCCAAUUCACAGACUACAUCACAGGAGCUACUCAUUCCAAAUGAUCUCAUCGGCUCCAUCAUCGGGCGUCAGGGCACCAAGAUCAAUGAGAUCCGCCAGGUGUCAGGGGCUCAGAUAAAGAUCGGUAGCCAGCUGGACAGCACCAGUGAUAGAGCCGUCACCAUCACAGGGACACCCAUCUCUAUCAACCUGGCCCAAUACCUCAUCACCUCCUGUUUAGAGACCGCCAAAUCCACCGCCCAGUCUUCCUCCAUGUCGACCCCUGCUGACCUCACCAUGGCCUACAGCCAACCGCCCUCCCCAGCCCAAUCUUCAGCUGUGGCUGCUGCCACCCUGGCUGCCAUGGGCUGCCCUGGCAUGUCCCACCCCCACCCCCACGCUGCAGUCCCCAUGAUGGGCACCCACCCUUAUGGGGCCCUCCCCCUCUCCAGCCUCCUUGGAAUGCAAUCCAUGAAAUCCAUCCAAUCUGUACCCUUCCUGGCUUUAUCCAACCCUGCCGCCAAUGCAGCCGCCGCCGCUGGGGCCCAUGCCCAGGCCCAGAUCUCCUACACAGCGAAGAUCUCCUCGGCCAACGGGAUCGGGAAGAAACCGGAGAGACAGAAGUUUGCGCCAUACUGAUGACGUCCGUCUCCAUCCCGCCAUCACUCCAUCCUUCUCUCCAGCUCUCACUUCCGUCCCUGAGACAAGAAAGAAAUGGGGGAAGAAUGGAAGGAAGGUCUGUUUUUGUUGUUGUUGUUGUUAUAUUCCUCCAUUCUCUUCUCUCUUCUAGUUGUGUAGUACAUUCUAGAGACUUUAGCCCAUAUCUUCAAUACACUAAGAGGAACUUUGGAUUAGUUUGUAUAGAAAGCUAUAUUUAUGUUGUCAGGCCGAGGAAGCCUAUCAAGCCAUAGUCUGUAUCUCAGAUGGAACCCAUCUCAGAUGGAACCCAUCUCAAAUGGAACCCAUCUCAAAUGGAACCCAUCUCAAAUGGAACCCAUCUCAAAUGGAACCCAUCUCAGAUGGAACCCAUCUCACCUUUAUACUGCAGUUCUGUUGACCAGAGCUAAUGGUGCUCCAGGGUUCUAGGCCCCACUAGGGUUCUGAUCAAAAGUAGUGUAUUGUAUAUGGAAAAGGGUUCUGUUUGAGAUGCAGCCAUAGACUAUUAUUUCCUUCACUUUUAUCCUCCUCUCACCGUCCUUUCAUUCUACUCUACUGCUUUUAUUUAUUAUUGACUUCUACUGAAAUAUUCCCACAACGAGUUUAUACAUUUAAACACUGGUGACUGAUGCUCGACUGUAUGUUCCUGUAUCAGCUUUUAUACAAUGAUGUGUGUUCCUUCCUUUAUACAACUCCAAGUUUUUCUUUUGUAUUUGAAGAACGAUGUAAAAAAAAAAAAAUGGAAAAUGACUUCAGACCUCUCUUUUCUUUUAGUGUUAUUUUUGUCAUGUUUUUUUGCCACAUUUUGUUAGAAAUGUGUUGUUUAAUUUAUUUUAUUUAUUAUGACGAGUAUUACUUUUACAAUAAAAUGUUAGUUUUUUUAGGAGGAAAAUGGCUCCAGGUACUACUACCAAAACUACUAAUACUUCUCUUCCUUCCUGUCUCUUUUGACUAAAGAAGGCCUUUCUUCCUGUCUGUCUCCUACUAAAGCAAAGGUUUUUUUUUAGCAACGUUAGGUUUCUGUUGAAUAGAGAGAAAGUGUUUUUCCACAUCUUAUAUGUCAAUAUAAUGAAUAAUUGAACACGCUAAAAGCAGGGUACAUGGAUUUAAACACCUAAAGCCCUCUUGGGAUGAGGGAUGAGUGAUGAGGGAUGAGGGAUGAGGAUGUUUUUCUCACCCCGGCUGUCAAACUAAUACUAGCUAUUCUAAUACUAGCUAUUCUUGACUAAUUCUGCAUGUUAGUUCGGCCACACACACAAGCGCGUGCGCACCACACACACACACACACACACACACACUGAAACACACACACACACGCGCAACACACACAC